AUGUCAGUUUACACUGCACAGAGUAGAAAUGACAGCAAUAUCCUUGGUAUCCCUUCUUCCCCAAAGAGUUCAUCGCUGCCUGUUCUCCCCCACGGUAGCAGGCUGAAGCAGCAUUCAAAGUCGGAUAUGUCGGAAUGUGAAAAUGAUGAUCCGUUAUUGAUAUCCGCAAGUAAAACCAGAGACAUAAAUAGCACUUACGUUAUCUCUGCCUGUAAAAAAACAGAAGAUACACCCCUUCCCCCUAACCCUGUGGGUAGGUUAACACUUCAGAGGAGAGUGACAAGGAGCAAAGAAUCCUCUCUGCUUGGUCGUGAGUUGGGAGACACAACUGCGAAAACAGCAAAAACAUGUCUUGCGUUACAACGUUGGGCUAAGACAGAUUCUGUGGAAAAGUGGAAAGCAGUGCAGAAUGUGGGAGCUGCAGACCCAAAAGACUCUGAAGUGAAGGCUGGUGGAAAAUACAAAGAAACGCUUUCCGCUGUCGGUGGGGCAGAUGAAAAUGUUGCCCUUAAGUCCCUAAGUGAUAGACCACCCUCUGGUUCCCAGAGUCAGACUGAAGCUGUUAGAUCAGGACGCUUGGCAACAAAACCUAUUCAGAGCCAGUUGGAUAUCAGAGUGUCAGGAACAGGAAGCUUACAUCACAGAAGUGCUGGGAAGGAUGGUGCGAAACUUGCACCUAAAUUUGAAAGCUUAGAGAAAAGAACACCUUCGAAGUGUGUUACAGAGCACAGAUCGACACCAAAGCGUGGCAUUCCUCAGUUUAAGAGCCCAGCUGCGUCAGUUCUGAAAAACAGGAUGCCUACCCUUCAAGUUCAACAAAGGCCGAAAAGUUCUCUUCUCGCAAACAAAAGGGAACGGUCACGAGAAAAUAUAUUCCUUCUUGAAGAAGAAACUGCACUUCAGAGAACCUCUACAGAAACAGACCCCCUAAAAGUGGAAAACAGUCAAGUGACGGUGGCAGUCAGAGUCAGGCCUUUCAGCAUGCGAGAGAAGAGUGAAGAAACAUCCCAGGUGGUCUUCCUGAACGGGGAAGAAAUAGCUGUGGAACAUCCCAGCAUGAGACAGGUGUACAGUUUUGUUUACGACCUUUCCUUCUGGUCCGUUGAUGAGUGUCAUCCCCGCUUCGCGAGCCAGACGGCCGUGUACGAGGCACUGGCAGCCCCGCUCCUGGAACAGGCCUUCGAAGGCUUCAACACCUGUCUCUUUGCUUAUGGUCAGACUGGCUCUGGAAAGUCCUAUACGAUGAUGGGAUUUAGUGAAGAACCAGGAAUAAUUCCAAGAUUCUGUGAAGGUCUUUUUGCUGAAAUAGCCAAAAAACAAACCCAGGAGGUCAGCUAUCACCUUGAAAUGAGCUUCUUUGAAGUAUAUAAUGAAAAAAUUCAUGACCUUCUGGUUUGUAAAGGUGAAAAUGGGCAGAGAAAGCAAACACUGAGAGUGCGGGAGCACCCGGCCUCCGGCCCCUACGUCGAGGGCCUGUCCACGAAUGUUGUCAGCUCUUACUCUGAUAUCCAGAUUUGGCUGGAACUGGGAAAUAAGAGGAAGGCAACCUCGGCCACUGGCAUGAAUGAUAAAAGCUCCCGCUCGCACUCAGUGUUCACCCUGGUGAUGACCCAGACCAAGACAGAAUUUGUGGAAGGGGAAGAGCUGGAUCACAGGAUUCGGAGCCGCAUAAACCUGGUGGACCUGGCGGGCAGUGAGCGCUGUUCCGAGACCCAGACGAGCGGGGAGCGGCUGAAGGAAGGCGUGAGUAUUAACAAGUCCCUGCUGACCCUGGGAAAGGUCAUAUCCGCGCUCUCCGAGCAGGCCAGCGGGAAGAGAACAUUCAUUCCUUACCGCGAGUCUGUCCUCACAUGGCUGCUGAAGGAAAGUCUGAGCGGAAAUUCCAAAACGUCGAUGAUCGCCACGGUCAGCCCGGCGGCCAGCAGCGUGGAGGAGACCCUGAGCACGCUGAGAUACGCCACCCAGGCCCGGAUGAUAGUCAACGCCGCCAGGGUCAACGAGGACGUGAGCGCCAAGUUGAUCAGAGACUUGAAAGCAGAAAUUGAAAAGUUAAAAGCUGCUCAAAGAAACAGUCAGAACAUUGACCCUGAGCGAUAUAGGCUCUGUCGGCAAGAAAUAACAUCCUUGAGAAUGAAGCUGUAUCAGCAGGAGAGAGACAUGGCAGAAAUGCAAAGAAUGUGGAAGGAAAAACUUGAACAAGCUGAAAAAAGGAAACUUCAAGUAACAAAGGAGUUACAGAAAGCAGGAAUUACAUUUCAAAUGGACAACCAUUUGCCAAACCUGGUCAAUCUCAAUGAAGACCCUCAGCUGUCGGAGAUACUGUUAUAUAUGAUAAAAGAGGGAACAACUACAGUCGGAAAGUAUAAACCAAACUCGAGCCGUGACAUCCAGUUGUCGGGGGUGCUGAUCGCCGACGAGCACUGCACCGUCAACAAUUUCGAUGGGACCGUGAGUAUCGUCCCAGCCGGGGAAGCAAAGACAUAUGUAAAUGGAAGACUUAUUUUGGAACCCACGGUAUUACAUCAUGGUGAUCGGGUGAUUCUUGGUGGCGAUCAUUAUUUUAGAUUUAAUCAUCCAGUAGAAGUCCAGAAAGGGGAAAGACCGUCCAGUAGAGAUACUCUUGUGAGUGAGGGUCCAAGAGACUUUGAAUCUGCAAAAAAUGACUUGCUCUUGGCACAGAGAUUGCAACUUGAAGCAGAAAUAAAGGAGGCGCAGUUGAAAGCAAAGGAAGAAAUGAUGCAGGGAAUCCAGAUCGUGAAAGAAAUGGCUCAGCAAGAGCUUUCCUCUCAAAAAGCUGCGUACGAAAGCAAAAUAAAAGUCCUGGAAGCAGAGCUGAAAGAAGAAUGUCAAAGAAAGAAGAUACAGGAAAUAAAUAACCAAAAGGCUAAUUACAAAAUUGAGGAACUAGAAAAGGCAAAGCAGCGUUUUGAACAGGAAAUAUAUGUCAACAAAAAGCGGUUAGAAAUGGAGACUUUGGCUACAAAACAGGCUUUAGAAGACCACAGGAUCCGCCAUGCAAGAAUUCUGGAAGCUUUAGAAACCGAGAAACAGAGGAUUGCUAAGGAAGUACAAAUUCUACAGCAAAAUCAGAGUAAUAGGGAUAAAACUUUCACAAUUCAGCCCAGUUGGAGCUCCAUGAAACUCUCUGUGAUGAUUCAGGAAGCCAAUGCCAUCAGCAACAAGUUAAAAAAGAAUUAUGUUUUUGGCAGACAUGUUGUGUCAGAUAAAGAAAGUAGCUCUGGAACUUGUAUUCAGGUUCGUAACCUGCAACUAGGGGUCUCAACGGUCUGGAGUCUGGAAAAGUUUGAGUCUAAGCUUGCGGCAAUGAAAGAACUUUACGAGAGCCAUUGUAGUAACAAGGGUGAAGAUGUGUUUUGCGACCCUGAAGAUGAAUGGGAACCCGACAUCACAGAUGUUCCAGUGUCUUCAUUUUCCAGAAGGAGGAGCAGAACUCUGAUGAAGAACAGGAGGAUUUCCAGCUGUCUGCAUGGCAUGGAGGCCCCCGCGGUCCAGGAUUGGCAUUCUUCACACUCAUCAGGCUUAGUGGGGAAAUCGAGCCCCGUGUACCCAGAUUCAGCAGAAUCCUUUCUUCCCGGAGUUUGCAAGGAAUUGAUUGGCUCAUCAUUGGAGCUUCUUGGACAGAGUGAUGAUGAAGAAAACACUGUCGCGGACGACUUGAUUAGUAAUUUCCUUAAAAUCCACGACGGGAUACUUGCCGUGUCCAGAGCUCAUGAAGAACAGGAUGAAGACAGUCAGAGUAACGUGUUCUCUGAUCGAGCAAACCAAUCGCUCGCCGUGCAGGCGGCGAGCGCCUUCGAGCGGCUUGUGGUGCUGACGAGACACUGGCUGAGCGGCGUCCCCCCCAGGGCCAGCGCGGGGGCUUCGCCGGCCGAGCUGAGACGGGAAGUGAGGAAGCUGGGAGGCUGCUUACAGUUGUUUCUGCAGGGAUGCUCUUCAGAUAUUUCAUCAAUGGUGAAAGAGGCUCAAAAGCAAGUGGUCCAGAUUGUACACCAAGCCAUCAAGUACGCGGGGCAGUUAGCAGCUCUUAGCGGGGACCAGCUGCGCUCCCUGGAGAGCAGCGACUGCGGGGCUGCCAGCCUCCAGGAUGAUUUCAUGGGUGCUAUUUGUGAUGGUGUAGGCUUGGGAAUGGAGAGUCUCCUAAAUUCUGGACUAGAAAAAGCAAAAGAACUUGAGCGUGAACUCCGAAGGCAGAGUCCCCAAGAUGAGGUUACCAAACAGAUGAAAGCUAAUGCCAUAGGAUUGAUUGAAUCCCUUGAAAUCCUCUUUGCUGACUGGAAAACAAAGAGUCUCAGAGCUCAAGCGCAAGAAGAAAGUCCUGGAUACCAAGAUGCAAAGAAGAUGCUGAGCUUUGCCCCAGAAUUCUUGAAGUCAAAACACUGCUUAGAGCAAACUACUCAGAUGAUUAUUUCUGCGCUGAGAGGGCACCGCGGCCACGUAGCACUCCUCCAGGACUGUGUCCAGAGCCUCUGCAGCUCGGCCAGGGCUCUCCACGGCGACCGAGCCCGCCACAGGGAGCUGGAAUCUCGAGCUGCCUCACUCCUCUUGGGGUUUGAAUUUGAAGAAAGACCUGGUUUGUUGGGACCCUGGGAAGCUUGUGAUCGGGAUCCCACAGCAGCAGGACGAGAGCAGCCUGCGCCAGACAGGCCCGGCCCCCGGAGGACCCGAGGUGUACCCAAGCGGGUGUAUGAGCUCCCGGGCCCGGCCCCGGGGGGCUCAGAGCAGGGCGCGCUGCCCACCCAGGAGGGCGCUGGUCGGGGGUCUCCCACCGCUGGAGGGCAGAGUGACCGCUUCACAGACAUCUAG